UCUUCUUCCAGGGCCGGCCCGCCCUCCUCGCCUGAACUCUGCAGGGACGCUGUCCUGGAUUGGCCUCAGGUGGCACAGCCCCGCAAAGAACGACCUGAUCUAAUUAGGAAGUUAUUUUCAGUGCUUCUUUGAUUCCUCCUCCUGGACCUAAGAGGGUUACAGAGUCCUGAGGUUCACUCUGUGCCUGCAGAGUCACGGCAGCCUGGAUGAGGGCCAUCUCGAGCCUCCUGCAGCUGCAGCCCGAUCGUCUUCUGUGCGGUUUCCUGUCCUGAGGAGAAGGACUGCAGACCCCUUUGAGGAGCUCUGAGGGGUGGAUCGGCAGUGGAUCAGUCUUUGGUCUCCUGGGAGCACAGCCAUGGGGAACCACGGCUCGAGCCUGGACGACAUCCUGGCAGAGGACAUGCACCGCUGGUACAACAAGUUCAUGAAGGAGUCUCCGUCGGGCCUCAUCACGCUAUUCGAGCUGAAGGCCAUUCUGAACCUGAAGGGCAUGAACGAGGACGCCAACCGCUACGUGGACCAGGUCUUCUUCACCUUCGACAUGGACGGGGUGCGUUCCACACGCUCAAACAUGCAGGACGGUUACAUCGACUUUGUGGAAUACAUCGCAGCCAUCAGCCUGAUGCUAAAAGGAGAAAUCAACCAGAAACUAAAGUGGUACUUUAAACUGUUCGACCAGGACGGCAACGGAAAGAUCGACAAGGAAGAGCUGGAGACCAUCUUCUCGGCCAUCCAAGACAUCACACGGAACAGAGAAAUUGACCCUGAGAAAAUCGUCUCGCUCAUAUUUGAGAAGAUCGACGUGAAAGGAGAAGGUGAGAUGACCCUGGAGGAGUUCAUCGAAGGAGCCAAAGACCACCAAGAUAUCAUGGAGAUGCUGAGAAAUCUGAUGGACCUGACACCGGUCUUGUUGAUCAUUAUUGAGGGCCGGACAGCAAACAAUCAAUCAGAGCAGUGAAAGCAGUGGGCUGUGAUUGGCCUUCUGAGAGCCGGCCCACCUGUGGACAGGUUGAACAAUCAGACAGUACACAGUGGAGGCUGGGGUGGAUUUUCAUGGGAAUCAGACCACGGUGGACAGACUCUGUGAGCUGCAUCUGCCACUCAUCUCCUGCUGUGGGUAUCUCCACCCACACCCCCGAUUCCUCCUCAAGGAGCAGGAGUUUGGUGUUGUCAUGAAACCAGCAUCAGUGGAAACAUCUUCAUAUUCCUUUGCCAGAGAACCUCAUUUCAUUCAAGUUUUUUGCCAAUUUUAGACAUUAUUUAUUCAGACAAAAUGUUUUUUGUGCAUUAGAUGAUACCUGAUGCUCAAUUUAACACCAGAAUCCAUAAUAAUAAAAUCUGGCAGCAGUAACAAUUUAAAUUCCUCUAAGUUGUCAGAAAAAAACUUUUUUUAGUCAAAGCUGUUUUUUUUUUCCAUAAAUAUUGAGUUUAGUUUAAGUCUCACUUUCUGCAGUGCAUCAAUUUUCUGUCAAAAAACCACAACAAUAUUCAAUAACCUCCAGACAGCAGGACACAGCGAAAUCAUCUGAACUGUGGCUCGAUGUCUGAGAACGCUGCUUUAGCUGUCCAUAUGCUAACAGCUUUAGUAACACUGACACAGUGUUUGGGAGAAAGGGAGGUUAUCUCACAGUGCUGCUGAUCCUCUUAAUGCUGCCGAAGGAUUCAGAUUCUUCCUCUACAGAACGCUUCGCCAUAAUUCACAAGGUUCACGUCUGAGGACAGACUAAAGGUUUCAAAUAUCCUGCAGCAGUGAUGAGUUUAACAUCCAAUCUGUGGAUCGAUUAAGCCGCUUUCCAUUUCUGUCAGAGUGAAGCGGUGCAUUCAGGGACCAAUGCUGCUCUGUCAGCUCCUCAGGCAGCACAGAGCCACUAAAGCCAGGACACACUAGGGCAGGGGUGCCCAAUACGUCGAUCGCAAUCUACUGGUCGAUCGCAAUCUACUGGUCGAUCACAAGAGGAGUGCAGGUAGAUCGCAUGGAACUCCCAGUGAAGUUGGGGAAAAAAUGUAGAUCGCACGGCACCCUAUGUGCAUUUAACCACGCUAGCUUUGCUUUAACCACUUUAACAAGCUGCCGUGUCACAAAGCUAGCCUCCAGUUUGUUUUAAACAAAACUGAAGAAAUGAAAGGCUAUAAAAAUGUGUUCUGUAGCCGGUCCAAAUAAGAAACCCAAAACUUACCACUUCCAUAUGGAAUGGGAGGAGGAUUUUUUUUUCUCAUGAUGUCAUAAUUUAAGUGCGUUUGCCUCAUCUGUCGGAGCGCCAUUGCUAUUCCAAAGAAGGGAAACGUAGAGCGGCAUUUUCGGACUGUCCACAAAAACUAUGACAUUGACUUUCCUCAUUGGACUAAGGUAACAAAAAUGAAUGUACACAGUUGAAUUGUGCAAUGUGGGUUAAUGCAGUUAUGCAAGACAAGCUAAUAUGUGUUAUAGAUGAAAUUUAAAUUCAAUUAAAAUAUACUUUAUCCUAAAAGCACAAAAUAUGCAAAAAUAAUAAUCUAAAUAAUAUAAAAUAAAUAUGCGUUUUGCAUUUUUAUUGUGGGUAGAUCCUUUUGGCUUGGUCAUCUUUCAAGUAGCUUGCAAGCUGAAAAAGUGUGGGCACCCCUGCACUAGGGCAUCCCAGGGGAUGGAGAGUGAUCAUCUCACUAACAGUGGAAGAGUAAGUACUUUUACUCAAGUCCUGUGCUUUACCUUCCUUUUACACCACUGCCUGCUGCACAAAGUUAUUUUGCACAUGUUAUUAAUGGAGAAGUGAACACCAACACGUCUGUUCAGAGGGAUAAAUUUAGUGACAGAAACCAAAACGACUCCAUGACAAACUCAUGAAGUUGCAUUUCAGAAGAACUGCACAAGUAUUUCUACACUGACUUCAGUCUCUUUUUAAGGAACAUCACCUUCUUCCAACUCUAAUCAAAGGGUGAGUAAUUUAAUACUUUAUGAAAACAUGCUGUCUUUGAUUGAGAUUGUAGGAAAACUUUUUGCAAUGUUGUGGACCAGUGCACAUUUCCACCAUUUUCGAGUGGAAACCUGAGGAUGCAUCAAUGAUGAAGGAUGGUGCACAGUCCAUAACAGAUGCUGAAAUAUGCAAUAUGUCCACUGAUUUUGUCACUGUUUGUAUAAUAAAACAAGCUUUUUGUUGGUUGCAGCAGAAAAAAAAACCUAUUGGGUUCUGACCCAGUUUAUCUUUGGUUGUAGGCACACGAACUGAAAUAGAAGCCUUUCUAUUGGUGGAAAUGGUAUCUGAGAGUGAGUGGAGUCCAAGCAGGCAGAGAGCUGCUCAUCAUAAUUCAGCAACUUGUAGGCAGAUCUGAAAUCUUUACAGUGGUCUACACUUCAGGCACAAGAGGUCCCGGCUGCAUAUCACGUUUGAGCCCCCAAAUAUGUUAUAGCCUGGGGCUGGGCGAUAUGGACCACAAAUAAUAUCUCAAUAUUUUUUAGCCAAAUUGUGAUAUAUGCGAUAUAUAUCUUGGUAUUUUUUCUUCCCAAAGGUAUAAACAAAAAAGCACUUCUGGGUCAAAGCUACAUGUCCCAAGUGUCACACAGACACUUUUAUUAGCAUUCAGCCGGGGUCUGAAAAGUCACUAAAUCUAGCAACAAAAUUGCUAAGUUGGCAACACUGGGUCAGACGGACACAGUAUGAAGGUUGUAUGUACACAAAACACGGCGACAGCGGAGGAUUUCAGGUCUCCAAAACUCUCCAAAAGUUGCCGAUGUCACCGCAAUAGAGGAGGUUUAUGAUGGAUGUUGGAUGGUUUGUGUAUCAGCGACCUCAUAGGGUGCUAGCCCAAAUUAAAGGUGCGCAAACACAGGAUACACACCAACAGCAGGGUCAGUAUGGGGUGGUCAGCAGUGACAAAAACAGUAGAGACACUUUUAGGCAGGACUUUGUAUUUAGCCACUUCUGUAAAAUAGAUGAGAAAUUAGCUAAAUUUUACUCAACACUGCAAUAAAUUCAGAAGAAAAGGAUAAAAUGUUAUGAUAGUGCUGUUCACAGCAGGAAACACUGGAAAAACACAGAGUGGGGACGGAGGUGACGGCAUGCAUUACCAGAAAUCAGUUUUAUCGAUCAUCACUUCACUGAUUGUCGGCAUAGAUAUCGAUUCAACCACACAAAUCGGGAAGUUCUUUAUGAUCUGCGUUUUCCAGUGUGCCCUCUAGUGGACUGUCCCAGUAACACACACAGUACAAGUUUAUAGGACAUUCACACCUCCGGCCUUUAGUCUGGUUUUGUGCAACUGGGCGCUAGAUUGAAUGCAUGCCUCGAGUGUUUUAAAUGUUUUUAUUUUCUUGAUGACAUAUGUGAUGAUGUCAGGAGGACCAAAGGGAGCGUCUGAAGAUGUCUGAACAAUGAACUCUCAGCAGUUAGUCAUACAGGUUAGCAUUAUGCUAACGGUGCUUAUUCUGAGGUUUUUACAGUGAAAAUGUGUUCCAUAAAGCAUUGUAAUGGAAACCACUCGUGUUUUAUGCUGCCUUAUCAAUAAAGUUUUUAAGCAGA